GAAAGAAAUUUUGUAAAACUGAAGACGGAAAACGGAAGGUGAAUUAGGCCUUUUAAAGAGAAUUCGGAUGAAGAUUUAGUUAACAGCAUGUCAGGCUGCCUCAGAAGCAUCGCAGAUGUCACCUCUCAUUUCAAUAAGCUAAACUUGGUUGCGACUAAAUUUCACAGUCUGGCGCCUAACAAGUCUCCAAAGCUGUUGGCUUCAAAGCCUCCGGAGGGAGCAAGUAACUUCAGUUCAACAAGUGCGUCGCAACACAUAAUGAAACUUACUCGUAUGAGAGUUGUUGACAAUAGUGCUCUUGGUAAGGCUGCACAAGUAGCAGGCAAGCCUCCUAGAGUUAUACACGUAUAUAAAAAGACAGGCAUUGGACAUACUGGUGACAAAGUUCUCCUUGCUAUACGAGGACAGAAAACACGUGGAUAUAUUGUAGGUUGUAAGGGUAAGCGUCAUUACCCAAUGAAGCCCAGAUUUGACACUAACAAUGUAGUACUGGUUGAUGAUAAUGGAAAUCCACUUGGGACUAGGAUCAAAGUUCCAAUAGGAUCACAUCUUAGAGCCAAUGAAGGAGACUUUACUAAAUUACUUGCAAUUGCCACUAAGUUUGUUUAGCCCAAGAGAAAUGUUUGCAUUAUUGGAAAAUAAAUUAGAAAAUUGCUUGAUUAUAUCGAGGGGUGAAAUAAUUUCAUUUGUGUGAAUAAAAAUUGAUGAAACCUUAUAUCUGACAUUGUGUUACAUAAAGUACAUGUAUAUAUCAGGGAUUGGCUCCCAGGUAGCCUUGCCCAAGUUGGUCUCUUUUACUUAUCUUGAUUUCUAUUAUGACUAUAAUUCAAGAUCAGAAAAGUAAAAAAAUACUGACUUGGGCAAGGCUAGCUCCCAGGAUGCAAUAUCGAUAUUCUGCCAUAUAAGGUGUUAUGACCUAAUGUUGUCAUCAAUCAAGGUUGAAUAUCAAGUUGGAAUCCUAGGAGCCAAUCCUCCUUGUGUAUUGAAUGGUUGCAGUUCUAACAAUUAUCAUUAUUGCUGUAUGUAUGACCUUGGAAACCUUAUGUAGAAUAUUUAAUAGGAUUGGUGAGAUGCUUUGAAUGUUCAGAGGAGUU